AUGUGCGUUUUCAAACAUUCCCGCUGCGUGCGGUACGCUGCAGCUAUGCGUGGCCCGCUGUCCCGCGACGGCAUCUGCCACCCCUUUACUGCUCAUCCACAGAAAAGAGUUAUUCUGAGAUUUUCUGAGGACCUGACAGGUAUCGCCAGGCAUGUGCUAAUGUCUAGCCCUCUGAGGAAACCACUAGGCCAGAAUUUCUCAAUCUUUCAAAAACAUGAAAGUGACGAUGAUUCCUAUGAAGUGUUGGAUUUAACAGAAUAUGCGCGGCGUCACCAUUGGUGGAAUCGUGUGUUUGGACGGAAUUCAGGACCAAUUGUAGAAAAAUACUCAGUAGCUACCCAGAUUGUGAUGGGCGGCGUGACUGGCUGGUGUGCGGGAUUUUUGUUCCAGAAAGUCGGAAAGCUUGCAGCAACUGCAGUAGGUGGUGGCUUUCUUCUGCUUCAAAUUGCUAGUCAUAGUGGAUAUGUACAAGUUGACUGGAAGAGAGUUGAAAAAGAUGUAAACAAAGCAAAAAAACAGUUAAAAAAGCGUGCAAAUAAGGCAGCACCUGAAAUCAAUACUCUCAUUGAAGAGUCAACAGAAUUUAUCAAGCAGAACAUCGUCGUGUCCAGUGGAUUUGUCGGAGGCUUUUUGUUAGGCCUGGCAUCGUAAGGACCAGAAUCGUCAGUUCCCGACGGCAUUCAUGUCAGCAAAGAACGGUUGUGGUGACACGCGGUCUUAAAGCAGUGUGGCUCACCGGGCCUUCCAGAGCAUGGACAAGCGGACUAGCUAGACAAUUUGGAAGCUUUUACAUUUCAGGCUUUUGCCUCUCGAAGCUUGGCAAAACUAGGAUUUGCUGAAAAACUGUGCAGUGUGCUCAUUAUAGCAUUUCUGGGCAAAACUGGUUCAUCUUCAUCAUGACUCUUUUUAUCUAUGGCCUUUCAAGAUCUAGCAUUUUUUAAAAAUGUUAUUCUUGGAAUAUAGAUAUGUAACCAUACUGUAAGAAAGCAAGCUCCAUUUCUAUGUUUUCAGUUAGAUACUGUUUAUUUUAAAAGUAUUUUUCUUCAUGCUGUAGUAGGUAGUACCGAUGAGUACAUAAUGUAUAUGAUCCUGUAGUUUCAGCCUCAUGGCUGCCCAUGUUCUUUAGAAGUCACUGCAAUAAUCUAUCAAUCUGUAAUACCUUUUUACAGAGUAUUAAAUAACAAAGAAUCAUGAGCUUAUUAAAGGUGAAAAUUAACUUUGGCUCUGGCCUUUGUGUACAUAGAAAAUAAGAAAGUCUCAAGUUUACGGCCUGCAGGCAUCUGGUACAAGUAUUUGCAGAGAUACUUGCGAUAUUUGUGUGCUAAGUAAAUGUGCAGAUGUUAUUUCUCCCAGAUGCAUAGACAGGCAUAAACUCAUUGACAGAACCGUAGUACGCGGAUCAUCGCUGCAAGCGCAGACUCCGCAGUGGUCUGAUGCUUAGCUGUUUCAUGGAGCUGGUUUCAGACCUCGGGAGCUGGCGAGAUGAAGGGAGGAGACUUCUGCCUGAGCACUUGGCAAGGGCCAGCGCUCCGUAGGGCUUGACAGCCCGCUGGCGCAGCGUGCCUGGGGCGAACCAAAGGCUGCUCACGCAGUCCCGUUUCAGCUGGAAAUAGUACUCGCUUUCAUACCCACCUCUGCCGCCACUCUGUUCUCCCCAGCUGAGACGUAAUUUUUUUUUUUUUUUUAAGUUGUCGUUCCGUUUGACUUUCACCAUCUAGCGUGUCAGCUGUGGCAAAAAGGAGGGUACAGGUUGGCUUCAGUUAGCUGAGUGGAAGAGUGCCUGUUUCUUGGGAAGUCUGGGAAAGCAAGUGGGACUUAAUCUGCUCGAUGUGUUUGCUGCCUCUGCCUUUGACGGAUCAAGGCAGGAAGCGGAUGCUAAAGGGGAUUGGAGGCAUAACUGUGGCUGGGCUGGAAAAUUUAUUGUGAAGUUCUGUUGGGUCCUUGUUCACAUGCCUGAACCACAACAGAGGUUCAUUAGCAUCAGGUGGAUGGAUGUGAACUUGUGAUGUCGAGGACAUGGGAUGAACAUCCACCAGCAGGGCUGUACGUGGAAGGCGUCUGACAUAGGAACCUGGCACGUAUUCCGAUCAGGGCACCUGUGGGCUUCAGCGAUCCGUGUUACACGCUGACUUCGCACAUGCGUGCUUCUGGCCAAGUCCGAAGGAUAACGGGAAGGUGCCCGGUCAGCUCUCUUCUGCUGAUGAAUCUGAUGGAUUUUUUUGGCCUGUCCAAAGUGUUGCUGAAGCCAGUUGACGGGAGUCACCCACCCUGACUGGAAUGAACUCGGGCGUUCUGAUGGGCUUUAGGAAUGAAGUGACCCCCUCUGUCGCGUGAACCCCUAAACUGGCGGUUUU